AUAGAUUGCAGAUUGCUGGCAACCACUUUCUUGUUUCCCUCUUUUUUUUUUUUUUACCUUUUUUUUGUCUCCAUCUGUACUGUUUACAAGACAUCACUUUUCAAAAAGUUAUGCUCCCAGUCUCAGGGAUUCCCCACACUUCUAAAACAUAUUAUCUCACCAUUAUGUAACUUGGCUUUUGUUCUAAUAAUGUAUCCAAGGUUCCUCCAACCCUCCUUCACUCACUCCAGUUCGUUUUUCAUCAUCUUCUAGUUAUUCGUGAAACAAACAAACCCGGAAACAUUUCUCCUACCAAGAUGGCAGCGAGCAACAAUGUGAUUGUAUGCAUAAACCUCGUGGCCGUGAUCCUCUCAAUCCCAAUCAUCGGUGCCGGAAUCUGGCUAUCAAACGGCCAAGCAGAUUCCUGCGUCCAGUUUCUGCAAUGGCCCGUCAUCAUCCUCGGAGUUCUCAUCUUGGUGGUGGCUCUCGCAGGUUGCAUUGGAGCCUUUUUCAGAAUCACGUGGCUCCUCAUAGUGUACCUCGUUGUCAUGCUCGUGCUGGUGAUACUGCUAGUGUGUUUGGUGGGCUUUGUUUACAAGGUCACGCUUCGAGGUCAUGGCAACAUUGAAGCUGACCGGGCUUACUUGCAAUAUCAUAUGAACGACUUUUCUGGGUUCCUUCGUCGAAGGGUUAGAAGCUCCUUCAAGUGGGAUCGCAUCAGAAGCUGCAUUAGCCAAACCAACGUGUGUGCUCAGCUCAGCCAGAGUUACAGAAUGGCCGAGGACUUCUUCGACGCACAUCUAACGCCCAUGCAGUCAGGGUGCUGCAGGCCACCAACACAAUGUGGGUAUACUUUUGUGAAUCCAACCUAUUGGAUUAGAGCGUUCAACCUUGCAGCAGAUAUGGAUUGCCUGCAAUGGAGCAACGAUCAAACACAACUUUGCUACAACUGUGACUCGUGCAAGGGUGGUUUAUUGGCUAAUCUUAGGAAGGAGUGGAAAAGGGCCAAUGUGAUAUUAAUCAUCACAGUCAUUGUUCUAAUUGUGGUGUAUUUGGUAGGGUGCUGUGCUUUUAGGAAUGCCAAAACUGAGGACCUCUUCCGCAAAUACAAACAGGGGUAUACUUGAGAAGGAUCAAUGUGUUUUAGUUGAAGUUAGUGGUAAAGUUUCUUCUUGGCUACUUAGUUUAAAUCAACUAUUUGAGUCCGUGUUUUGAAAGACAUGCUUGUAUGAAUUUGUCUCUUGCACUUAUUUUAGCAGAAAAAAGAUGGUUGGUUUUAUAUGGGAUGGGUUAAAGGUUGAAACUUGAUCAUAUAAGGUGUUAAGAGGUGAGCGUGAUUUGUGGAGCAGAGCACCGAAAGCUGAAUACUCGACUACCGAGGCACCAAUUAAAUUGGCCUGGAAUCAUUUUAAAAUGUAUACUACCACCUUCGAGGCAUUUUGGCGCUCCAAAAGUGCACCUUUUCAAAUUCAAAUCAACUUUAAUUAAUUCAAGUUCCCAAUCAUUUCAGAAAGGAUUUAUAUUUUAGCGGAAUUUGUAUUUUUAGAUGAAACAUUGGACAUUAUAGUCUGUAUUUUUAGAUAAACAUUGGACAUUUG